AUGCUGAGGCUCGCUCUGGCGUCUGCUCUGAGCCUGAUCGCAGUGUGUGUUGCUGUGAACCAGGACUUCAUCAGUUCUGCAGAGAUUGACAUCGCUGAUUGUCCCAUCACUUUUUAUGGACUUAAGUAUGACAAGGUUUAUGUGGGCUUUGACUCCAACACAUCCGCAGUCUGCUUCAAUGGACAGUUUGGGUCUGGACCCAACAGUGACUGCAUCCUGAUGUCCAGAGGGUCCGCGGACAGGGGCUCUCUGACCACUCACGACACACACAUUCCCACAGGAUCAGGUCUCCACAAACUCCUGGCAAACCUGAAACACGAAGGCGAGUGUGUGAACAUCAUCCCUUUAAGAGACGGACAGGACUCUGACGUUAAACAAAUUGAAUUGGCAAACUUUGGAGCUCAAGCUGUUGUGGGAAUCAAGACUCAUUCAAGAUUUUCAGACAUCAGCUUUGAGGCCCAGACGGUGGUGAAUGGACAGUCGUAUGUGAAGGAGCUCUUCCAAACCAAUCAGACCGACAGAGGAGUGGUGACUGACGUGAGCGGCUGCAGACUCUUCGGAGCUGUGUACAAAACCAACACAAGUGUGUGGAACGGACACAUCUGCUCCACCGUCUCCUGUGACCAGUCUGGGGUCGCAUCCCUCGUCAGCAGCUGCAAACCCAUGGAGCGGUGCCAGGGAAACAACACAUGUUCCUUAGACGCCACAUGCACCGUAACCGGCUCGACCAUAAUCGAUGUGAUUGGACGAGUCCACGCCGUCGCAGACCGUUGUGGGUACAAGCUGAUGGAGACCCAGUCCGUCCCAGACCUGCAGGUCCUGGGGGUCUUCAGUGAAAGGCGACGCAAAGAUGUCAGCUUCAUACAGCGGGUCAUUCUGCGCCUGAAGUCCUCCAACGUCCACGUUUCACUGGAGCAGGGAGGACGGGUCACGUUGGACGACAGAAUGGUCCAGUUCAACACAUCAGAGCAGAUUGUUGCAGGAGUGAAAAUAACCAAAGAUUCAUCUGGAAUCACAGCAGAGGUCACGGCAACCUCUGGUUACGCCGCCUCUGUCCAUUUCAACGGGAACACGGCACAUGUUCGUGUCACAGGACCAAAGCCGGCCUCAGUGUCUGGGUUCUGUGGCAACGGCAGCACCACAGCGGCCGCAGAGAGAGAGGCUGCUCUCAGUGACAGCGGGUAA